CAAUCAAUCUACAAGUCGAUUCUCGCAUUAUUCACAAAAUGACCACACCACUCAAAGUCACCCUCAUCGGCGCAACCGGCUCGAUUGGAAAAAUCAUCCUCAACGCCCUCUCUUCCCAGCCCAACUUCACCGUGACCAUCCUCACCCGCCAGGAAUCGACCACCACCUUCCCCCCCGGCACCACCAUCCACCAAACCGACUACUCGCCCACCAGCCUCGAGGCUCUCCUCCAUGGCCAGGACGUACUCAUCUCCGCAGUUGGCGCAACCGGCUUCACCGAGCAACAGAAAUUCAUCGACGCGGCGGUCCGCGCCGGCGUGAAGCGGUUCAUCCCGUCGGAGUUCUCGACUAGUAGUGAGGACGAUGUGGUACUCAAGAUCUUGCCGCUGUUUCAGCAGAAGAGGGACGUGAUUAAUUAUCUGAAGGAGAAGGAGAAGCUGGGGUUGAGUUGGACGGGAAUUGCCACUUCGGGGUUGUUUGACUGGGGUCUCACGGCCGGCUUCCUCGGCUUUGAUCUCCACCAGCGCACCGCUCUGAUCUGGGAUGGUGGAGUCACGCGGUUCACCAUGGUGAAUGAAAAACAGCUCGGGGAAUCAGUCGUAUCGGUGCUGCUCCGGCCCGAGGAAACUAAGAACCGGUUUGUGUAUGUUGCCUCUGUGGAGACCACGCAGAAGGAGAUUUUGGAGACGAUUGAGAAGGUCACUGGUGCCAAGUGGACGGUCACGGACACCACAACGGAGGUGCAGAUCGCCGAUGGGUUUCAGAAACUCGCUGCAGGGAAUUUUGAGGGCGCGUUUGCGCUGGUUCGGGCUACUGCGUUUGGGAAUACUCCUGGUUUGAAGGUGAACUAUGUCAAGGAUCGGGAACUAGCGAAUGAGGUGUUGGGGUUGGAGUGGGAGACUGUGAGGGAGACCAUUGAGAGGGUGGUU